GACCAUGACGAUGGCGGCGGCGGCGGCGGCGGCGACAUGUCGGGGCUGGGGACAAGCUGAGGGGCUCCCCGGUGGGGUGAGCCCUUCCCCGCCCCGCCACUUCACCUUCGAGCCCCUGGUGGGGCCCAGCGACCCCCCCAGGCCCCGCCGCCGGCACCGCCGCGUCCUCUACCCGCCUGCUGUGCGGCGGCUGCCCCCCACGGAGGAGCCGAGCGCGGCGAAGCGGCUCCUGGUGCUGCUGUUGGCUGUGGUGAGUGCCCAGGUGUACAGCGCGCCCGGGGAGGUGACACCCGAGACGCCCUCACUACCUGCUGUGACAUCCCCGCCCGGGGACGAAGUGCUGCUCAGGACUGCCGUGACAGCCACGGGGACAACCUGGACACCCAACGGGACACUGGUGGGGACACCAGCGGCACCCGGGGGGACGCUUGUGGGUGCCUUCUGCCCCCGCCCGCUGCUGUCACCCGCCCUGCGGCCCCACAACUGCACUGCCCGCUGAGGAGCACGCAGGACCCUCGCCCUCCUCUCGGGGUGGGCACCCAACGCUUUGGCGCCUUGGCCUCGGGGGUGGCACCCGGCAUCCCGCUGCGCCCAUCGCCGCGGCCUCGGGGCUGGGCCCGACUGGCUGGACUGGGAGCCGUACUGAUUGUAGUGGCCACAGGGUGGCACCACGCACCCACGGGUGCCCCUCACCUCAGCUUUGGGGUGGCACCCGGUGCCCCACGCACGCUUUGGCCUCAGGGCUGUGACAGCACCCAGCACCCCUGGGUGCCCCUCGCUGUGCGCUCAAAGAGGCGUUCAGCACCCAUGGGUACCCCUACCUCGCCUUCGGGGCCGCCCCGAGCACCCAUGGGUGCCCUCCACCCAACCUCAGGGCUGCUCACCUCAUCCCCUUUCCCCCCUUAAUGGUAUUUAUUUAUUGUAUUUGUAUUUAUUUUGCGGUUAUUUAAUUGAGGGUUAUUUAACUUUAUUUAAUUGGGGGUUAUUUCACGCGAUUUGGGGGUAUUUAAUAAUUGCUGUUAUUUAACGUCAGUCACUGCUGGGUCUUUAUUGGAGCGUCGUGUGGUCGUGCCUGGGGGGGGCCCUUG